AACCCAAAACAAACCAUUUCUUUUUUAUGAGAACCGAAAGACUUCUUCUUUGGUUCCGUUGGAAGCUCUUACUUUCUUUUAUAUUUAUCCUUUUUCAAAAUCCCUACCUCUCUCUCUCUCUCUCUCUCUCUCUCUCACACACACACCCCCCCUCCGCGUUGUUUCGCUUGGAAUCUCUUCGAUCUGAUGCAAUGCUUCGAGGUAAUCUUCUAACAAGAAUUUCCCAGAUGGAGUUAAAAGGUGAUCUUGGAUUGGCAUGCACCGAUGUUAAUAGAGCUGGAGUUUCAAUGGGUCAGCCACAUUUUAGCCUGAUACAAUUGGAACUGCUGCAUGAACAUGGAAACCCCCCUCCCCCACUGGGUGUCUAAUUGAAGGGGAAUUCCUUGUUGGACCAUGACACCAAACAAGCAUCCAUACAUAAAUGACUGAGAACAGUUUCUAGACUUCAACGAGGUGUUGGAAGUGUUUUGUGGUAGUCUUGUGGUGCAUCAUGUAUUGGCAAUUGGUGUUUUCUGUAGAAAGGUUCACCCUGUUGCUUAUUUUAGCAAGAAACAUCGCUGGGCAAGAGAUAAGUGCUCCACUUAGCACCUCAUGUGCAUGGGUUUCUCACUGCAUCAGACACUGAAUUCAUUUAUGCUCAAAAUCAUGGCUUUAAAGUAGAUUGGAAGUUUAGUGCCGAACAUACAGAAUAAGUCCCUAUCUUCAAGAGUUCACAUCUGUCCUCCAGUGUUACUUUGAUGUGUAGAACAAGGAUGCGGAUGUGCUUACCCAUAGGGGGAUGAUUCUUUUGGCCACGAUUACAAGAAGAUGUUCAAAUGAUGAUUUAGUUGCGAAUGUUUGUGGAUGUCCAAACAGAAAGAAACUUGUGAAGAUGCAUGCAUAUUGGACAUAUUGGGUUGAGCACUGAUCUUGGACAGCUGCCGAAUAUCUAAAGAAUCUCAGAAUCUGCUGCAACAAGUGUCUUCUGAUGGUUCAACAAAUGAUUGAUCCUAAAACCAAAGACUCGGGACUGUCCAACGCAGAAAGUAGCUUACCCCCAUCUGAUAAGCAACAGCUACCAUCAAAGAAGACAGCACUGAGAGACUUGCAGAAUGAUAACAUAAUCAGACCAAAACCUGUGGAGAGCUCUUAUUUUCUGAAGGAUAGGAGUCCUACUAUGGCUGCUGUUAAGGUUUCUGGAAUCAAGAGACCUGCACCUGAAUGCCCCACCAGCCCUCCUGGUCAUCAUUCUCCAAACAAUAAAGCAAAUGGACAUAUUGUGUACAUCCGAAGAAAAUCUGAAUCCGAAGUAGGAAAGAGCAGCAGUUGUGAAAUCACAGAAAAUGGUGCUGAUUGUCAACCAUUCAGGCAGUUUAGCCACAGGGAACAAGAAACUUACUGGCAACAAAUACAGAUGGACUCUAAGAUUUCUUCUUUUGCUGCAUUUGCACCCAUUCCAAUGGCCCCUCAUAUGACUUUUUCAUCUGGGGGACCUACAGUUCUUUCUCGAGGGGAAAGUGGUAAUGGGCUAUCACCAGCAGAACCAAAUUAUCCUGGGGUUUCUGCUGCAGUGCCAUUUCUUGUUAGUCCUCAGGCAAGUAAUCAACACUGGAGAGAACGGUCCCUCAGGUUGGAAACAUUCUUAAGGAACUGUGACCAUUCAAAUCAGGAGGAAUACAUCCAGAUGCUUCGAUCCUUAUCCGCAGCUGGUCGUAGCAAACAGGCUGUUGAGAUAGAGAAAAAGGCAAUACAGCUUUUGCUGGAAGAAGGCAUUUUCUUGACUCUUAUUGGUAUCCCCGGCACUCGCCCACUCCAUGCUCAGUUGGGAACUUCAUUUUCAAAUGGGAGGGAGUUGCAUCGAAUGAAAGUUCUUAAUGUAUUUGGGAAAUCUUCACAAAAGAGCAGCAUAUCACCCUCUAUUCAACCAGUGCAAUCAGAGUGAGAAGAUGCCACGAACAACACUGAGAAUGUAUGCUUCAGUAAUGACAAGGGAAUGGCUUCCAAUUAUUUCCUUUGGUAGAAGUUCAACAUCAGUUUUUUUUUUUUUUUUUUUUGAAAGCCAUGUUGAAUUCUUCCUUGAGCUUCCCAAAUUCUCCGUAAGUUGUGUGGUUGUGAUGCACCAUUCAUUCUUCUCUCCUAGUGCUAGAGGAAAGGCCCGAACUCCAUCAAUAACUGUCAUCUAAUGAAUUCUGAUUCAAUAAAUUGUGCUUUAUGGCAGUUAUUGUCAA